UGGAGGAUCACCCUGGCAAACAGAGUGUGAAUCCUAUGAGCUGUGUUGAUCGACUUCAAAAUGUUAUCACCCUGCUGACUAUUUCAUCAUGGCCAAAAGACUAACCACAAAAUGACCAGAGUAUUCCAGAGAUGUUGAUUUUUAUCCAAUAGCACUCCCUGUUCAGCCAAUUGCAAAUGUAGCAUUAUUGUUCUCAUAGGCGUUUCAUUCAUUAUAUCCCUGUGUAUCCAUGUAUACAUGUGUACACAUGUCACACUUCAGAGUUUUUUAUAUACCGUAUUCCUUCGAAUUUAAGAUGCAGCCCAAAUUUCCCACACUCAAUUUGAGUAAAAAUUAAAACCUAAAAUAAAGAUGCAUUUACAAAGAUGCAGUCUCAGUUACACAUAUGGAGACAGUUUGCGUCCGUCUGCUGUCACACAGAACAUUAGUUAUGUGCUGCUUUUCGCACCUUUUUUUUUUUAUUUCCAUUUUUGUGAACUGUGGUAUUGCUUGGCAUAUCAAAACAUAUGGGGGUCUGAUCAGCAUUUCCGAUCUGUCCAAACUGGUACUGUUUGUUACAACUGAGCCUAACAGCGAAACACUGAAAUUGUAAAAGCUGCUUUUCUAAUUCCUCAGAACGUUAAUGACACGUCUUUGAAAAUGGCUGCCUGUAUGUCAUGGAUGAUUCAAGGAUCGGGCAGUGGCGUUUUUUGUUUGUCUUUUCUCAGCAGUAAAUCACGUUCCUGUUUGUGUACUUGGGCAGUGACGUUUUUGUUCGUCUUCUCUCAGCAGUAAAUCACAUUCCUGUUUGUGUACUCGGGCAGUGACGUUUUUGUUCGUCUUCUCUCAGCAGUAAAUCCCGUUCCUGUUUGUGUACUUGGGCAGUGACGUUUUUGUUCGUCUCCUCUCAGCAGCAAGUCACGUUCCUGUUUGUGUACCAGGGCAGUCAUGUCUUUUUUUAGUUUAUUUUAAUUUUUUUUUUUUAAAUACAUGCAUCAUUAUACUCAAAAUUAAGAAGCAGGCCAUUUUUGAGAAGAGAAAUUUGGUUUAAAAAUCUUAAAUUCGAAGGAAUACGGUAUCUAGAAAAAUUGUUCUCCAAAUAAUAACACAGUGUAACAAUUUUUUUUUUUUGUUCCUGGGUAGUAAGUGUUAUUUCCUAAUUGCUUAUGCCUCAAAAGUAUAGAAAAUGGCUAUUAUUCCCCACAAACUUUGCUUUUGUGACCAGGACAGUGAUAUUUUGAAAUUUACCUAUUUUCCAAAACAUUCCAGAUAGAUUCAGUGCUGAGUAAACUUGGAGUAACUUUUAGAACUUUCCAGUAAUAUAAAUAGUAGUAUAAAUACAGGGGCCUUAAGCCCACCAGUUCAGUUUAGUUCCAGCUGCCUAAGUGGAUACAUAUCUGCAUUUUUCUGAGAUGGCAUCAAGAGGCUGCAAGCAUCCGGCAGACGCAUUUUGCUAUGUCUGCGGCCAAUUUAUCAAGACAAGAGCGAAAAAGUACUCCGUGGAAGCAUCUGCUAAGAUGUGUGAGGCCUACAAGGCAUAUUUCGGCAUGCCUGUCGGAGAUCAAGACAAACCCUGGGCACCUCAUUUCACCUGCGAGCACUGCAAAAAAACUCUGGAAGGAUGGUACAGAGGGGAAAAGAGAGCCAUGAAGUUCACUAUCCCAAGAAUUUGGCGGGAACCCACUGACCACUCAAGCAACUGCUACUUCUGCAUGGUGGACCCUUCCAAACGUCGGACUGGCAAGAAUGCACCUGCUAUCACGUAUCCGGACCUUCCUUCAUCCAUCGCCCCGGUGCCACACUACCAUGAGCUCCCCGUACCCACUCCUCCGGAGAGAGAGCAGCCGUAUUUAGAAGAGAACAGCAAGUCAGAGAGCGAGGAAGACGUUGUAGAUCCAGAUGACAAUUUCAGAGGUGGAGCUGAGAAGAGAAACCCACACUACCCCAACCAAAAAGACCUCAACGACUUGAUUAGAGAUCUUGGUCUCACCAAGUCCAAUGCCGAGCUUUUGACGUCUAGGCUCAAGCAGUGGAACUUGUUGGAUGAAGGUGUGCAAGUCGCAGAUCAGAGGAAGCGUCACCAACCUUUUUCCAGCUUCUUCACCCGUCAAGAUGGGCUCUGCUUCUGCCACAAUGUGACCAGUCUGUUCGAGGCAAUCGGAAUCGCCUUAACCAGAAUGAGUGGCGCCUCUUCAUUGACAGCUCAUCCAGGAGCCUCAAAGCCGUGCUGCUCCAUAAUGGUAACAAGUACCCGUCUCUUCCCCUGGCUCACUUGGUGCACCUCAAAGAGGAUUACAACAGCAUCAAGACCUUGCUGGACGCCUUGA